AUGCGGGGACCUGAGGCAUCGGGGCCUGAUGCCCUGUGGGAUGCUCCCUCGACCCUCACCACUUCCCUGAUAAGCACUUCGUCGGGGAAGCCGACCGUAGAACCCGCGCACCCCGUCGCCGAUCCUGAACUGGUUGCCUCUAAUAUUGAACAAGUUCUAUUGUCAAUGUCAGCCCAGAAUCAAGAUGGCGGUCUGGCCCGGGUCAGUGGCAACUCGACCGGCAAGGGGAUUUUGAUCGGUGUUCUCUCUGCUUUUGGCUCGGCGGCAGUCGCGGUGGUUGUCCUAGCGGUUUUCUUCUUUUUUAAAUAUACUCGCCGUGGGAGAAUCAUCCUGGAUCGCAUUGGGCGGCCGGGUGAGUUUGACGAUGAGCAGGCCUUUUUGCGGGAAGAGUCGGAAGCCUUGGAAACUAUGGAUGAUCUGUCGCGGUCGGAGUAUUUGAGGGCCAAAGCAUUCAUCGAGGCCAACCCGCCCGAGUCGAUGCAAACCGAUAUAUCACUAUCACAAUUCCUGGCGAUCCAGGAGAAGGGCGUGUCGGCCUGGGAGUUUCAACCGGAAUUGGAGAUUGCCAACUGCUUUGUUGAGGGCCGGACGGAGAUCGAGUUUUACGAUUCUGAAUGCAGCGUUCAAACCAAUUUGCCAGUUCCAAAGCAGAACGACGUUUACUACUGGGAAGCGAAGAUAUUUGAUAAGCCUGAAUCGACCCUUAUAAGUAUCGGUAUGACGACGAAGCCUUAUCCUCUAUUCAGGUUACCAGGUUUCCACAAAACAUCUGUUGCCUAUCAAUCUACGGGUCAUCGGAGAUACAACCAACCGUUCUUAUCCUCACCUUAUGGCCCGCAGCUUACCCAGGGAGAUGUACUUGGAAUCGGAUACCGACCUCGCUCGGGUACAAUUUUCUUCACUCGCAAUGGAAAGAAACUAGAGGAUGCUGUCCAUGGGCAGAAGGCUCAGAAUUUCUUCCCCACAGUCGGUGCGAACGGACCCUGCACCGUGCACGUUAACUUUGGUCAAAUGGGAUUUGUGUUUAUCGAAGCGAAUGUCAAGAAAUGGGGUCUUGCACCAAUGACUGGCAGUCUAGCCCCUCCGCCGCCAUAUGGGAGUGAGCAAGGUAGUAUUCUUCUUGAGUCUGGUCGGGAAAGCGCUGCUCAGAUUUCCCACCGAGUUUAUCAGGAUGCCGGUAACGCACGGACAAGCUCAACCCUUCGGAUUGCGCCGUCCGCCAGUCCUGGCCCAGUUCACUCCCCGACCGAUAUAUCUCUCGCACAACUCGCCCAUGUUUCUUCAAACGAAGAUUCCGGAGAAGGCUCUAGCCGGCCAAAUGGUGGGGACGGGGAGCAGGCCCCAUUGUUGAAUACACAAGAUGUCGACCAGGGGCCGCCACCAGAAUAUUCGAGUCCGGAUGGUAGCCGGCAGGGUAGCGAGGAUAUGUCGGCGCAAGACCAACCGCCUAUACCUAGCUAUGAUGUAGCCGUUGGCAACCAUGACGAAAGUAGAACGGAUGAGCAUCACUGA